UUGCACCAUUUAUCGGCUACACUUGCCGGACUCUCUCCAGUUUCUCUCUGAGUUUAGCAGAAGACGUUGAGACAAUCUUCCAAGACAGAUGGCCGACAAUGCAGAAAAUGCUCCCCUGUCCAGUGGCAGUCUGGCGGGCAGUGAAGAAGCCCUUGUUCUCGCUGUCAGACCCGCUGGGGGCUCCAACAGCCGGGCCUUUAAGAUUGCAGGCCUGACAACCCUUGCAUGUCUGCUGCUGGCCAGCCAGGUCUUCACUGCCUAUAUGGUGUUUGAUCAGAAGCAGCAGAUCCACUCGCUGCAGAAGAACUCAGACAGAUUGGGCAAACAGGUGUCCCGCUCAUACCAAGCUCCAGCGAGGAUGCAGAUGCCCAUGAAGAGUUUGCCUCUGCUGAUGGACUUCACUUUAGAUGAGGACGCCACAACACCCAUGGCUAAAGUGAAGGACACUGUUGUCAGCGUGGAGACACAGCUGAAGGAUCUCCUGCAGGACCCCCAGCUGCCGCAGUUCAAUGAGACCUUCAUGACCAACCUGCAGGGCAUGAAGCAGCACGUGAAUGAGAGCGAGUGGAAGAGCUUUGAGUCUUGGAUGCGCUACUGGUUGAUCUUCCAGAUGGCCCAGCAGAAUCCUGUAACCCCAACACCUCAGUCAGCCUCUGUGAUCAAGACCAAAUGCCAGACUGAGGCAGCAUCCGGAGUCACCCAGAUCGGUUACUACAAGCCCCAGUGUGACGAGCAGGGUCGCUACAAGCCCAUGCAGUGCUGGCCCCCAACCGGCUACUGCUGGUGUGUGGACAAGACUGGCACACCCAUCGAGGGCACCAGCAUGCGCGGUCGCCCCGACUGUCAGAGAGCUCCAUUUGGCCGCAGGAUGUUAGCACCCAUGCUGAUGCAGAAGACCCUCAGUGUUGAUGAGUGAAACAAAUGAAGCAGAGGGUUUGCAGUUUAUUUUAAUUCAAGCUCCACUGAUAUUAGAAAAAAGCUAUUUUAAGCUGGAUGCCGAUCCGCCUACAGUUAUUGUUUUAAUUGCUGAUCAGAUAUUGCACUCCCAUGUAACUUCUGACUUUUACAAUUUUGCUGGCUGCUUGAAAUCAAAUCAAUAGAGGCCUGUUACAGCGUAAUGCUUUUUAUGAUUUAUUUCUUUAUCUUAUAUAACAAAAACAUUUUGGGGGUGUUCUCGACAUUUUAAUCUUGAUGUUCAUAUAAUCACACAUUUCUCCCUGACCUCUACCAUGGAGACAUGGAGGUAGUUCAGUUUUUAAGGGAUCUUCUGAAAAGAAAACCAAAAAAAAAACCAAAAAACCAAAACUAUCUGCAUGGCUAGAUAGAGUUCAGUGAGAAUAUGUAUUUUGCAAUUUGGUUGUGCGCGUAAGAGAUAGUGACUAAUGAAGAUGUUUGUGAUAAGAAGGUUCAAUAAAGUUUUCCUGACUACA